UGCUCUCACAAGAGCAUAUGAAAUGAGAUAAAUGAUAUUAAUUGACAAAAAAGGCUUUAUGAUGUUCCGAUUUUAUUAUCUGAAACCUCUCGAAGAACCAGCUGGGCCUUUGAGUAUUAAUCCAUCCAUUACAUUACUGGCACACUGACAACAAUGAACGACUUAGAAAACAAGGGAUGGCUUAUAACUGUCUUUGACCUAGUUACAUUUGCCGUUUUCGCCAAACAGCAUCCGUAUCGCGUUCAUCUGAGAUUCAGUAAACAACCAUACGCCGAGAGUAUCGGGCUAAUAGGAUACGUUGUUAGCGUAGUCUCAGUAAGCGAUCACUGAUACAAGAUAUCGCACGCACUGCAUCAAGAUGUGGAGGCCGAAUUCUUGCUGUGCUAAGCAUCCUCCUUGUUAUAGCAGCUCAUGUGUACUUGAGUCAUCAAAGAUACUUUCCGAAUACAUGCAGAGGUAUCACAGUUAUCAUGGAAGUGAGUCAAGCAGUCAUCAUUCCCCUACUUUUUGUGGCAGGACGCUUUCAGGCUACAGAGAAAAUAUAUCAAGCUAUCCAGCCUACCCUACAUAUGCAACACAUUACCAGCCGACUUGCUCCUACUGGCACAGCAGGAUUUCCAAAUACCAUGACAGCAUCGCAGGCACAUUGGGGUACCCAUAUCCGAGGGAUACAAAUAAAAGGUUCAGGACUAGCUUCACGACAACACAGUUAACAGAACUUGAAAAAGAAUUUCAUUAUAACAAAUACCUAACAAGAAGACGAAGGGUAGAACUUGCACUUGGGCUCAAUUUGACGGAGAAGCAAGUCAAAGUUUGGUUUCAAAACAGACGAAUGAAAUGGAAAAAACAGCUCAAGACUGUGAAAGACGGAAACAUAAAAACCGAGGAAAAUGACGAUCAAUUGAACAAUGAACGAUGUAUUGCAGAUAAUACUGAAACCGAACAGGAAAGUCAGAGGGAAACUGAAGAUAGUGAUGUUCAGGAAACUGAAGAAGAUGACGAUGACAUUGAGGAGUCUGAUGUUGAUGACAGAUGUAUGGAAUAGGAAUGCAAUUCUGGGUAAUUUAUUCCAAGAACCCGAAGAUCAAUGUGCAAUUUUCAAUGAACAAGGGCAUUGUUAUGUUAAAAUUGAUUUGCAGUACAAUUACUGUAAUGCAAGAUGAAUCUGAUAAGUUUGGCAACAUACGCUACAAACCUGCGGCUGAAUGUAAAGAUAUUUUGUGUAAUAAUGCAAACAGAUGCAAAGUGAAAAUUAUAGUGCAACUGUAUAUAAACAACUUCGAGACACAGAGGAAAGGAGAAAUUUCCGUAAAAAUGACGAGGAUGCAAAAGCAGCAAUUUUAGAUGUCUUCUAUUCAUUCCUUUUCAUUUAGUAAGAAAUUCUCUGCACAAAAGUGUUGAUCAAUUAUGAACCUAAUAUUUUUAGUAAAAUUCUGUGAGGCAAAAAUAAAUUGUUUUGCUGAUGCUAUUCAUCAGUUGGCUUAUAAAUGAAUGUCUUGAGAUUUUUGAAUUUGUAGGUAUUAAGCGCCAUGGAGGAGAGACACAGGAAAUACCAAACUGUAUAUGCUCUCCAUUAAAAAAUUCUCAGUCACAACACCUUCCUCUAACUCAUAUAAUAAUGAUAAAAAGGUUUGGUAACAAAAUGAAAAAAUAUUUUGUAACAGAAUCUACCAUUCACGGUGUAUCUUUAAAAACAUUGUGUGAUAUAAGGUGCAUCUGUCAAAAAAUUAUCGACUCAUAAUAGAAGCGUUUUUGAAACAGUUGUUUUGUUUUAACUAAACCUUAAUAGCAAUUAUUCCUAAUGUACAGUAAUAAUUCAUGCAAUAGACUUGAGAAACGAUUUCCUCUAUAGGAAAUAGCACUGUAAAUACAGUAUGAUUUUCUUGCACUUUUCAAUAUUAACCGCUGCGAGAGAAUAUGACUUUUUGAUGUAUUUACCAAAAAUCAAAUAUUUUGCACAAAGAACUCGGCACCUUAAUAUUUUAGCACCUUGAAUAGUUUUAAUUGGAGUGUCUUGCAUAAGUAUAGCAAAAUGGAAAUCAAAGCAAAUAUUUUGCAAGUAGAUAAAUUGAAUAUCAAAUGAUAACGUAU